AUGGGACAGGUUAUUUCUGCCAUUAGAGAGUCCGUCAAGGAGGCGGACAAAGUUGCCGAAGAAAAGGCAAAGCAGGAGCUUGACAUUCUUCAAAAGCUUGUCGAUUCAAAACUGAAUGAAUUUCAGUCUGAGAUUAAUGAGCGGUUCUUGAACCCAGACGCGACGUCCAAGACUCAGGUUCCCGGCAUUCGCGCCCUCAGAUGGGAACGACGUUCCCUGACUAACAUAUCCGACAAGCCAGCGGAUUCGAUCAGUGAGACUGUCGACCAAUUCUUCAGCGCUGGAGGAGAAAAGACCACCGAUGCAGUGAAAGAGGGCUUCAAAGGAGUCGUCAAAACAGCUCUUAAUGUCUUCCUUGCCAACGUGGAGGUAGGAGAGUUUUCGGAGGAGAAGUUCUUCGUCUACAUGGUUCACAACACCAUCAUCAGAGUCGAUGUAAAGCUGUGGCGCUGGAAUUUUGCCGGAGAGGGCUUUUCAAGCAAGUACAAGAGCGUCCUUGGAUACAUUAUGUGCAUCUCGGCAGUAGAUCCAAGCAAGCUCCAUACGGCGGAGUUCAUCUACCUCAUUAGCGAAUAUGCCGGUGAUGAGGAAGAGAAUGUCAACAAGUAUAUCGAUACUAUGCAGAAGAUGUACACCGCCGCGAGAAAGAUGAAACAGAACAAUCGGAUAACGGAAUACGCAAAGGAUGAUUAA